AUUAGAGAGAGAGAGAGAGAGAGAAACAAAACGAAGAAACCGGAGAAGUUAGAGAGAGAAAGUGGAAGACAGAGAGAGAGAAGGCAGGCAUUAAUGGCGGAAGGAGGGAAGAAGGAGAGGAACUCGGACGGCGAGGACAGCGUGAAGCUGUUCGUCGGCCAAGUGCCGAAGCACAUGACGGAGGCUCAGCUCCUCGCAAUGUUCAAAGACUUCGCUCUCGUCGACGAAGUCAACAUCAUCAAGGACAAGGCCACGCGCGCUUCCAGAGGGUGUUGCUUUGUGAUAUGCCCGUCGAGGGAGGAGGCGGAUAAAGCGGUCGAUGCGUGUCAUAACAAGACGACUUUGCCCGGGGCAUCUAGUCCUUUGCAAGUGAAGUAUGCUGAUGGCGAGUUGGAAAGACUAGAACACAAGCUCUUUAUUGGUAUGCUUCCAAAGAAUGUUUCCGAAGUUGAAGUUUCUGAUCUUUUCUCUCAAUAUGGGACAGUAAAGGACCUACAAAUAUUAAGAGGUUCUCAGCAAACGAGCAAAGGCUGUGCAUUCUUAAAGUAUGAGACAAAACACCAAGCUCUCGCUGCCCUCGAAGCCAUCAAUGGAAAGUAUAAAAUGGAGGGUUCAAGUGUUCCUUUAGUUGUCAAAUGGGCAGACACAGAAAAGGAAAGGCUAGCUCGGCGAGCUCAGAAAGCUCAUUCCCAGGCUGCUAACGAGCCAAAUGGUGAUUCACAUCCUUCAUUAUUUGGAGCCUUGCCCAUGGGUUAUGUUCCCUCGUAUAAUGGUUACAGUUAUCAGGCUCCUGGGACUUAUGGACUCAUGCCAUACCGCCUACCUGGACUGCAGAAUCAACAAGGCUUCCAAAAUAUGAUGCCCCCCAUAAACCAAGGAAAUGCUUUGCAUAGAAUCACACCCCGCAAUGUUGCCCCUAGAAAUUUUCCUAUGCCUCCUACGAGUUAUGUGGGCUCUGCUUAUCAUGCGGUUCCAGGUCUUCGGCAUCCGAUGGUGUAUCCUGGAGGAAUAAUGAGCCACCAGCCAUUGAGUUCACCUGGUUCAGUGUCACCUACAGUUGUGAACAUUAACCCAGCAUCGCCUGGCACUAGUAAAAGCCCUGGGGGUCAGGUUGAAGGUCCAGCUGGUGCUAAUUUGUUUAUCUACCACAUACCUCAAGAAUUUGGAGAUCACGAGCUUGCCAAUGCUUUUCAACCAUUUGGUAGGGUUUUGAGUGCCAAGGUUUUUGUUGAUAAAGCAACCGGCAUCAGCAAAUGUUUCGGAUUUGUAAGUUACGAUUUACCAGAGUCUGCUGAAUCUGCUAUAAGUAUGAUGAAUGGAUACCAAUUAGGGGGUAAGAAAUUGAAGGUCCAGCUUAAGAGAGACAACAAACAGAGCAAACCAUAUUGAUUUGAAGGUGAGUUACACAAGGAUUCGAGUCCUCUAGUCUUAUGCAAACCGGAUGUAUGGGAGUCACGUCAUCAACAUCGUAGGGUGGAUUUAGCUGAUCUGCAAUUAUAGGGCUAUUCCAUCCUUCUUGUAACUUCCUCAAGGGAUUGAAAGCCUUCAAACUUGUAAUUCAUGGUGCAUACUGUGCCAAUACAAUCUGUAAUUUGGGUAUCAUGAAAGUUCAUUUAGUCAGUAACUAUCAAUUUAUUCAUUCUUCUCUCAUGAACAUCUGGAUGUAUACUUGAUCCCUAAUUCUUUCAUUUUCACAGUUCAAAGUCAUUUUCAUA